GACCUCUGACAACCCCCCUCCGUCCGGCGGCUGCGAUCCUUUGCCAGCCGUUGCAGGUUUGCCUCUGUCAUAGUCGGAUACUUCCUAGCCGUCCGGGAAUGCCGACAAGAGGAGACAAUUGUUGAAUGAGCGCCUGGUCCAUCCGAGGUACAGGUCGAGAUGGGUAACUCUCAGGGAAAGCCGGUGGUUUUCACCGAUGAAGUGAACCUGAACCAUUUUCGCCUCCUGCGGGUCGUUGGUAAGGGAGCAUUUGGCAAGGUCCGUAUCGUGGAACGGAAAGAUACUGGCUUGACCUUUGCCUUGAAAUAUAUUCGGAAAGAAGAGGUGGUUCGAUCAGAGAGCGUACGGAAUAUUAUCCGGGAAAGGAGGAUGCUGGAGCAUCUGAACCACCCAUUCCUAUGCAACUUGAGAUACAGUUUCCAGGACAUUGAAUAUAUUUACAUUGUGGUGGAUCUCAUGAAUGGUGGUGAUCUCCGGUUCCAUAUCUCCAGGAAGUCUUUUACGGAGGAAGCAGUGCGAUUUUGGAUGGCAGAGCUAGGAUGCGCAUUGAGAUACAUCCACGGACAGGGCAUUGUGCACAGAGAUGUGAAGCCCGAUAACGUGCUGCUCGACUCCGAAGGCCAUGUGCAUUUGGCUGAUUUUAACGUGGCUUCUGAUUUCAAGCCCUCAAAACCCCUCACGAGCAAGUCCGGAACUCUAGCAUACCUGGCUCCAGAAGUCUAUGAAGGCAACGGAUACCUCUGCGAGGUAGAUUGGUGGUCGCUGGGUGUUACGUUCUAUGAGUGCAUAUACAACAAGAGACCUUUCGACGGCCGUUCGCAGGAGAGCUUAAGCGAAAACGUUAUCCGGGCCCAGCCGAAAUACUAUGUCACCAACCCAGCCGUUUCUGUUCCGUGUCUGCGAGCUAUGGCUGCAUUAAUGGAAAAGGAUCGGUCAAAGAGAAUUGGUGCUGCCGGAUUUGAAACCUUCACGUCUCAUCCCUUCUUUGCUGAGCUCGACUUUGAAGAGCUGGAAAGGAAACAGAUACCUCCUAUCUUCACACCGUCGAGUGAGAAGACGAACUUUGAUGCAACGUAUGAUCUGGAGGAACUGUUGUUGGAAGAAGCUCCUUUGGAAGCUAGGGCACGGCGGCAGAAGCCUCGAGCGGAAUUGAGGGAGGAUGCCACCGCGAAGGAAAUCCGCGAAGAUGAACUUCAUCGCAUGAUCGAAACGAUGUUUGAACCUUUUGACUACACAACUGUCCAUUACCAAGGAAACGCCGCAGCUGCACUCGCCGCGACGAUGAAUCCCGAAGAGGCCGCGACCCAGGGCGGCUCUACCCAUUCAAGACAGCUUUCUGACCGAGAUUCUGGAAGAGGCUCCCCUGGUCCUCGGACAGAGGGAUCCAUGAGCCGAUCAAAUCCAGCCGACAACAUUUCGCCGCUUGGAGAAGCACUCAGCCAGAGUAGGACGACGCCCGAACCGUCUCCAUCCUCUCCUCCGGACCGACAACCCCCUCCACCACCCCCUGUCACAUCAUUCUCUCGACCUCUGCCUCGCCAGAAGGGGUCAACGCGUAAACCGAGCAAGGGUGGUGGCGUCCAAAUGGUCCUGGAUGAAACCGCUCCUUGGAGUGAACUAGCUGACCAGAGUUCCACUUUGCCUGCUGAGGGAUAUGAGAGUCUUGGUGGGAAGGGCAAGGCUGGCAGCGGUGGCAUGCUCUCGUUCCUGAGCCGCAAGAAAGGCCGAGACCGCAGUCCCAAACCGCAGGAACCUGGUGUGCUCGGCAAGGAGGGAGCACGACAGAUCAUUAGCUGAACAGGUGUCAGUGGAACCGCACGGAAUUGGCUAUGCUGGUAUCCCCUAUUUUCUGGCGUCAUUUUGUGCUGGGUUGGAGACGCCAAUCUGCAUGAUCCCUUUGCAUGACGAGUCGGCAACGUGGCUCCCCAGAAACUUUAUACGCGAUGGCUGAAGACUUUCCCACCGAGGGCACCGGAGUUUGCAAUCAGUGGUCACCUGCGUAUCGCCUGAGAUGGAAACCACCACACUAGAGCAGUAUACCGUGAGCAAAAGCCUGUUCUUCUUACAGGGUGGAACUUAUUGACAGAUCAUCCACCCGAAAAGAAGAAC